CCGGGGUGACGUCAUCGUGAUCCACAUCCACAGCAGCAGGAGGGGCGAGGUGGCCGCUGAUCCACCGGUAUCAUGGCUUCCUAAGAUUGGAGAGGAAAAAACAAACAAGGAUUUGUGUCGCAUGCCCGACAGAUUACCGCCCUUCCCAGCACCUUAGAUCGGGACCGAGGAGCUCGGCCUCCCUCCCAAGGAUUCAGGAUACACACUUUUUAUUUUUCCAAUCGGUGAAUUUCCAUUCGUGAGCCGCGGAAGAUGGCCGACCCGGCGGAGUGCACCAUCAAAGUGAUGUGCCGCUUCAGGCCCCUGAACAGCUCCGAGGUGGUCAGAGGCGACAGAUACAUCCCCAAGUUCCAAGGGGAAGAGGACGUUAUAAUCGCGAGCAAACCGUACAUGUACGACAAAGUGUUUCAGUCGAAUACGACACAGGAACAAGUGUACAAUGCCUGCGCCCAGAAAAUCGUAAAAGAUGUUCUGGAGGGAUACAAUGGGACAAUAUUUGCGUACGGGCAAACGUCAUCUGGCAAAACACACACCAUGGAGGGGAAUCUCCAUGACACAGAUGGAAUGGGCAUCAUCCCCAGGAUAGUUCAAGAUAUCUUCAACUAUAUCUAUUCCAUGGAUGAAAACUUGGAGUUUCAUAUCAAAGUUUCGUAUUUUGAAAUUUACUUAGACAAGAUCCGGGAUCUGUUGGAUGUGUCGAAGACCAAUUUGUCGGUGCACGAAGACAAAAACCGAGUACCGUACGUCAAGGGCUGCACGGAGAGAUUUGUCUGCAGCCCGGACGAGGUCAUGGAUACAAUCGAUGAAGGCAAAUCAAACCGACAUGUAGCGGUUACAAACAUGAACGAGCACAGCUCCAGGAGUCACAGUAUCUUCCUGAUAAACGUCAAACAGGAGAACACUCAGACGGAGCAUAAGCUCAGUGGCAAACUCUACCUGGUGGAUCUGGCCGGCAGUGAAAAGGUCAGUAAAACGGGGGCAGAGGGAGCUUUGCUGGAUGAAGCCAAAAACAUCAACAAAUCUCUGUCGUCUUUGGGAAACGUCAUCUCUGCUCUGGCUGAAGGAACGGCCUACAUCCCCUACAGAGACAGCAAGAUGACCCGUAUCCUGCAGGACUCGCUGGGUGGUAACUGUCGAACCACCAUCAUCAUCUGCUGCUCGCCGUCCUCCUACAACGAGUGCGAAACCAAAUCCACCCUCAUGUUCGGACAAAGAGCAAAGACCAUCAAGAACACCGUCACGGUGAACGUCGAGCUGACGGCAGAGCAGUGGAAGCAGAAAUAUGAGCGGGAGAAGGAGAAGAACAAGACCCUGAGGAACACCGUCACCUGGUUGGAGAACGAGCUCAACCGCUGGAGGAACGGGGAAAGUGUGCCAGCGGAUGAGCAGUUUGACAAGGAGAAGGCCAACGCCGAGGUGCAGGCCCUGGACAACAUCAUCAACGAGAAGCAGGCCUCCACGCCCAACGUGCCGGGGGUUCGCCUCACCGACGUGGAGAAGGACAAGUGUGAGGCCGAGGUGGCCAAGCUUUACAAACAGCUGGACGACAAGGACGAGGAAAUCAACCAGCAGAGCCAGCUGGCUGAGAAGCUGAAGCAACAGAUGCUGGACCAGGAUGAGCUUCUAGCCUCCUCCCGCCGCGAUCACGAGAAUCUUCAGGCGGAGCUGAACCGCCUGCAAGCGGAGAACGAGGCCUCCAAAGACGAGGUGAAGGAGGUGCUGCAGGCUCUGGAGGAGCUCGCCGUCAACUAUGACCAGAAGAGCCAGGAGGUGGAGGACAAGACCAAGGAGUUUGAGGCCAUCAGUGAGGAGCUCAGCCAGAAAUCGUCCAUCCUGUCGUCUCUGGACUCUGAGCUCCAGAAGCUGAAGGAGAUGUCCAACCACCAGAAGAAGAGGGUGACCGAGAUGAUGUCGUCACUGCUCAAAGACCUUGCCGAGAUUGGCAUCGCCGUGGGCAGCAACGACAUCAAGCAACACGAGGGCAGCGGCAUGAUAGAUGAGGAGUUCACCGUGGCCCGUCUCUACAUCAGUAAGAUGAAGUCAGAGGUGAAGACCAUGGCGAAGCGCUGCAAGCAGCUGGAGGGAACCCAGUCGGAGAGCAACAAGAAGAUGGACGAGAACGAGAAGGAGCUGGCCGCCUGCCAGCUGCGCAUCUCCCAGCAUGAGGCUAAAAUCAGGUCCCUGACUGAGUACCUGCAGAACGUGGAGCAGAAGAAGCGUCAGCUGGAGGAGAGCGUGGACUCUCUGAAUGAGGAAUUUGUCAAGCUCAGUGCUCAGGAGAAAGUCCACGCUAUGGAGAAAGAGAGUGAGAUCCAGACUGCCAAUGAAGUCAAGGAAGCCGUGGAUAAGCAGAUCCACUCCCACCGUGAAGCUCAUCACAAGCAGAUCAGCAGCCUGAGAGACGAGCUGGACAACAAGGAGAAACUCAUCACCGAGAUGCAGGAUCUGAACCAGAAGAUCAUGCUGGAGCAGGAGAGGCUGAGAGUGGAGCACGAGAAGCUCAAAUCCACCGACCAGGAGAAGAGCCGCAAGCUGCACGAGCUUACGGUGAUGCAGGACAGAAGGGAGCAGGCCAGACAGGACCUGAAGGGUCUGGAGGAGACAGUGGCCAAGGAGCUGCAGACGCUGCACAAUUUGAGGAAGCUCUUUGUCCAGGACUUGGCUACCAGAGUGAAAAAGAGCGCUGAGAUGGACUCGGACGACACAGGCGGCAGCGCAGCACAGAAACAGAAAAUUUCCUUUCUUGAGAACAAUCUUGAGCAGCUCACCAAGGUUCACAAACAGCUGGUACGUGAUAACGCAGACCUGCGCUGUGAGCUUCCGAAACUGGAAAAGCGUCUUCGUGCUACAGCUGAGCGGGUCAAGGCCCUGGAGUCUGCUCUGAAGGAGGCCAAGGAGAACGCAGCCCGCGACCGCAAGCGCUACCAGCAGGAAGUGGACCGCAUCAAGGAGGCCGUCAGGGCCAAGAACAUGGCCAGGAGGGGACACUCGGCCCAGAUCGCCAAGCCUAUCCGGCCCGGGCAGCAGCCAGUGGCGUCUCCCACCCACCCCAACAUCAACCGCAGUGGAGGAGGCUUUUACCAGAACAGCCAGACGGUGUCCAUCAGGGGAGGCAGCGGCAGCGCCGUCGGUGCCGUCGGCGCCAGCAGCAGCAGCAGCAGCAAGCCCGACAAGAACUGAGGAUCAACGGGAUCGAAGGACGACACCACUGAAGAAGCCAAUAUCACCCCCCCGCCCGCCCGCCCCGACAACACGUCAUUCCAUAACAGCGAACGGGCUCCUCGUCGCUGCUUUGGAGCCCCGAAGGAGUUUCUGAAUUAUAAAUAUAUAUAUAUAAAUAUUCCUGGCCUGUACAGCUCCAGCCCCCCACACCUCCACCCACUCCCUCACUCCCCAUUUCUCAUCGUGACUUAUCUCUUUUUCUCGUACUGGAUAUAAUAAAAAUAACGAUAUUAAUUUAAAAAAGAAAAGACAACGCAUUUAAUUUCCAAAAAGAAAGAUAAUAUUUGUAUCCACCAAACGCAGUCGCGACGGGCGAAGCCAGCGAACACCUCAAAUGUGUAACUUCGUUUUUGUUUUUGCACGUCGUCGUGCGAGUAGUUCUGCGCCGCGCCGUGCUGAAUGUAGCAAGAUCCCAAAAAAAAGAAAGAAGAUUAACGAGCUAAAAGGAAAAAAAACUAAAAAAAGGAGACCCUGCCACGAGAACUAGCGUGACCCUUUAGGCUAACCCCUGUACAUUUCAUCUUAUUGGUUGUGAACCACACUUUGUUCUCUGAAUAGAUUUUACAUGCCACUUUCUAGGGGAGAAAAACAAAAAAAUAACUACGAAAAAACUGUUUGGGUUUUGAAUUGAGAAGGUGGCGUCGAGCACUACUGUUCUGUCCACUCUUGUACAGAUGUAAAAUUAGCACUGUUGCACACGCCUCCCCGUAGAGAGCGAGAGAGAGAGGGAGGGGUGGUAGAGAGAGGGAGCGAGAGAGAUGUAUGGGAACAGCCGAGGGGAUGGACUACAGAGAAGGAUGAAAAAUUGAACAGUGCACUGUAUGUAUUUAACGAAAUACCCGCGGAGGCCACUUAUUUUAUCUUUAAGUUAAAAUGAAAUCUAUACUCGUUAUUGGUGACUUCAUAAGAAGGAUGUAAAGAAUGUAGGAAGGAAGGAAGGAAGGGGAUGAUCCGGUAAACACGACACACUUCCAGAAGUGUGCCCUUCUUUUUUCUUUUUUUUUUUAGCAUAGCCCGUGCUGCGUAGCUAAAUGUGCCGCUAUUACUUCUUUUCAUGUUGACGGGUGCCGUUUGUAUUUCUGCACAUUGGGGCACAUAGUCUGCAGGCAUGGAGACCGAGAAAAGCACACACACGAGGCUUGUCCUGUCCUAGCUGUCACUCACUCAUCUCCAAAACUGUGUUUCUUUUUUUGUUGUUGUCGUAACUGUUUGAUCCCUCGUAUCAUGAUUUCUUUUCAUGGGUGCCUCACCUCGCCUCUGUUUUUUUUUUGGGGGGGGGGGGUCUUACCUCCCUCUCACUCAGUUGUUGUUUCCACUAGAUUUAGGACCUGUGACUGUAUGUGCCCCUUUUUUUUUUUUGGGUUGUAAGUUUGCAGAAAACAAUGUGUUAUGCUGCGUUUUUAUGUACUGUAUCUCUUUCAUUGUUCCAUAGCUUUGUGUAGAUGCUUGAACCGGGGGUGGGGGGUCAGUCGGGUAGGACCCUCGCUGCUGAUCAGCCAGUCAGGAGAGCAGGGUGUCAAAUUGCACAACGAGGGGUUUUAUUUAACUAAAUCUAGUCGGGGGGGGGGGGGGGGUUUAGGAUUUAUUUAGUGUUUUAUUGUCUUUGUUGUGUUUUUAAUUCCCACCACAGCUUGUUUUUUUUGUUCUCUUUUUUUUUUUUUUUUUUUUUUAACCCUGCGAAGCCCCACGACAUCGGCAAAGAGCUCGUUGUGAUUGUAACCCCAGCGUGACCGCACUCACAUCUUGUGCAAGUGCAAUACACUGUAAAAAAAACAUACACUGUAUAUCAAUCGACUGGCAGGUGUGAUCACCCCUCCCCCUCCCCCUCCUUCUUUGUUGGCGUCUGAUCCGCUUACUGGCCCUCGGUGUAUUUUCUCAGCGAGGACUUCUGUCUUUGCUGUUUCGGGACUUUUCCUGGACCGCAUCCAGGAAAAGUAAGAGCAUUAGAUCUGCUCCCGUACUCCACGGUGGACUCCCCGAGUGACACUUUACUAUCUGUUGGAUUCGUAGAUGAAGACACAAGCUUUUUAGAACUACACUUUAAAGACACUUUCUCACUUCUACAUGUUUGGGUUAGACUCGUGGAAGAAAUCUAGUGUGAAAAGUGGGGAGGCGGGGUUAGAUUUUGGCUUUUAUCUGAAGAUAUCACACUAAUCUUGUAGCAGGAAAGUCUGGUUUAAUAGCACUUCUUCACGCUACCUGUAUUCAGAAAAACACUCCAUGUGGCUGUUUUUGUCUGGAGAGUAAUAGAAGCUUCCAACAUCCUGUAAAUGGAACCGUUUGUUGACGGCUAAUAAUUUAAGUGGUCAUAAUUAUUUUCUACAAGCUGCAGGGAGGCGUAGCUCCCCCGCAUCUAUGGCAGGACAGUGUUUGUGUGUCUCGAGAUGGUUUAUUCCCUCUGUGUAAUCUUCAAGAUUAGUUAAGACUUUGCAGCAUGGACCUCAACAUGUUUAUCCUUUGACCUUCUACCCAAACUGGACAUGAAAUGGGGAGAAAUAGUUCAUACAAAAAAAAAAAGAAACCAGCAAAGAAUAGUUGAGGUGCUAUCUAAAUUGGAUCUUGCAUUAAUUCUAAAAUUUGAAAAAAACAAAAGUGUAGCCACUUUUUUUAUUACUGUGUAAUAGUUGGUCUUUUCUUUUUUUUUUUUUUUUUUUAAGAGGACAGUUUUGAGGAUCCAUCAGUGGACAAGGUACUGGGUCAUUCCUGGAGAACUGUGGCACAAAUAGGGCUCUGAUAACGACUGAGAUGGGAAGUUCAUGAGAUCACAGUUUUGGAUUGAUUGCAUGAUGUAAAUGUAUGUGUGAUUAAAUAAUUAUGAGAAAACA